GCGAAGUCGGACCGAAAAAACCUGACGCACGGCAAGAUGGCGCUGUUCAUGGACACCAGGCUGAUAUUAAGAAAAGUUACAGAUUUAAGAUGUUUAACGCCCAGAAGAUACAGAGUGAAAGAGAAAUGGGCUGCUACACAUGCCAAACACCCUCCCACCAGACUGGCCCUGCAUCACUUUGAUGCCACCUACAGUGUCCAGCUGGGGAAGCUGUGGCCGUCAGUCCGCGUAGCCAUGCUAUCAGAGAGAAAAUAUGGAGCCCUGCUCAAUAAUUUCUGUCAUGAUGCUGUUCUGGUGGACCUCCAAGCCAAGGGAUGCAGAGACUUCAUCACCAACAGAGAGGAAGAUGCUAAGCCAAGCUUGGAGCAAAAUUCCGAGGCUGAGGCCCAGGAGGAAUGCACUGAUGUUUCCCUGAAGAAAUCUGACGUUGAUGGUCAGGAGAUAAAUCUAAGCCCAAAUAUUAAAUGCUUAGUGUUUCCAAGAGGGGAUGUCACACGAUUCAAGCCAGCAAAACCAGACGCGUACGGCCUGUUGAGUUACUACCUGAUGGAUGCAGCAUCUGUAUUGCCUUGUCUUGCACUGGAUGUUCAAGAAGGUCAUAAUGUGCUUGAUCUCUGUGCUGCUCCAGGAGGCAAGACCCUGUCGUUACUUCAGUCCCAAGCUAUCAGGUUCUUGUGUGUAAAUGACACCUCAGUAUCUCGAACAAUGCGACUGAGGAAGGUCCUCCACAGCUACGUACCAAAGCAGUUUUUGACAGAUGAGAAACUACGCAUCACCUCCUUUGAUGGCACCAAAUGGGGGGAUAUCGAAAGGAACACUUUUGACAGAGUCCUUGUUGACGUUCCCUGCACCACAGACAGACAUUCACUCAUGGAAGACGACAACAAUAUAUUCAAUAAGAUCAGGGUCGGUGAGAGACGAAGGCUGCCUCAGCUGCAACUAGAACUGCUUCUGGCGGGGAUCGAAGCAGCUUGUCCAGGUGGGGAGAUCCUUUACUCCACCUGCACGCUGUCUCAAAACCAGAACCAGGGUGUGGUUGAACAGGCCAUCUGCCUAGCGAGAGAGAACCACGGCAUCCAGCUGGAGAAAAUCCCACUGUAUCGGCUCCACUGCGGACAAUCGGACCCUAAUCUGGAGCUGGAUUUAGCAGACCGAGAGCCUGCAGAGUUUAAAGUCGGAGCUCUGAGGGAUAGACGGUGAGACUAGCUGGAUACCUGCAGCAUUAGUGGUAAAUAUCUUCAUUAACAUCACAACUUACUGUUCUGGCUGUUAAAUUUGUUUCUUCUUCUUCCACUUUUGAGGAUGAUUAGUUACUUAUUUUUCCAAGAUGCUUUCACAAUAAAAUACCCCGUCGGUCUGUUAAAGUUGUCAACAAAAAGCAAAAGCAUCACUUUUCCUUUCAUUUUCAGUCACAUUGAGAAUGGCACUCGUGUUGCCUUCAUUAACACCCUCAAUUACCUUCUCCUCUUCGGCUCCAUUCCUUCCUAAUAGAGCUAACACGGAGCUAAUGAAGCAAAUAGUUGGGACAAUUUAGUCAUUAGAGACAAUUAAGACAAUCCAAUGCAAUCCAACUCAGACCAGGAGAGGAGCCGGGGAGAGAUCCAGCGAGCAGCCACCCAAACCAGGCAUCGUUCUCCGCAGCGUCACAGGCAGUGUGGAGAAAAUGCUUUAGACUGGAUUGAAGGAAUUUUCCCUCUGGUGGUAUCACUCGUAAUACUUGAACCAUUAUAAGGCUGAUCAGCACUUGGCUGAAGGCAUCUGUGUUUCCUUCAUGCAGGGAUUACACCUGGCCUCAGGAGGAGGGAAAUGUUUCCCAAAGAGGCAGGCAGGAGACACAAGGCAGUCUUGAUGCAUUCCACCACAAUAAAGUAUAAAUCCUCUUCUUCACAGCGUAUUACAGGAAUGAACAUAAGGGAUUGUGUCAUUGUUGGCCUAUAAUCUGGCUUUAAACUCCUUGUUUUACAAAUGGUCCUCUUUAAAAAGCUCUUUCUUUUUGCGUGGCUCUUUUUUUUUUCCUCUCUUUUGCUUCAUCCUGUAUUAACCUGCUGUUUCCUCAUCAGCAGUUUUUAAUUUUCUUUGUUCCUUUGCAUGUCAGAUUUAGGAUCGAGUAUUAUAACAGUGUAUAUUAGUAGAAUUCCCCUCUUUGAAGCACGCAUGUAAUGUGUUAAAAGGGCUGUGUAAUUAGGAAGAAAUGGGAAUCUACUCUUUCUAGAGGUCUUUUGCAGAGUGCAUUUUUUUUCUUAUUAGCUGGUAGUAAUAGUGUGUCACCAAAAUAGACACAUUCACACUGCAAGAUACAGUACACACUAGGAUAUUGUAAUUUUCCAAAUGCCUUUCCAAGUGUCCUUGCCCUCAAAAGCUAAGGGUAAUAUCCUAUCCUGCUUUGGAAGUGGAGAUGGUGGCAUUUUUUUCUGUUCGUUGAACAGGCAGCCUGCAUGAAAUAACUCCUGAUAGAAACGUUCAAGCUGUCAUCCUCUCUGGUGUCUCCAGCUCUGUCUUUACUGAGCCCGAAUAGAUCGUAUGUAUGUGUUUGACCCGAGAAAUUCCAGAAAUGAUUCAAAUUAAUGAUUGAUGACUGUGUAAAAAUCCUGUCAAAGGGUGUGGAAAGAAACACUUUUUGUUUGAGAGGAAUUCUUGGAAACACUUGACACUGCAGCUUAUUACAUGUUUUCUCCACAAAUCAGUUACUAAUGCAGAUAUAUGAAUUAUAAGCUAUUAAUAAGAGCAACUGUGGGGUUGCUAUGUUAUGAAAAAACUGCAUUAGCUGCAUAUUGCGUUAACAAAUAUGUUCCAAUUCAAACCUGCAAUUGUGACAGUCACUUAACAUUUAAUGUCUGUGUAUUUCAAAAGUAAAUUGUCAGUUAGUAGAAAAAUUAGUGGCUUAUUAAUGAUCUGUAAAAUAUUAGUAAAUCAUUUAUUUACAGUUCAUUAAGGUGCUAUUUACAAGUUUUAAAUGGUAUAUAAAGGGCUGCAUGUUAGCAUGUAGCACAACGCUAAAUACAACAGAAUUAGCAGCAAUAAUACCGUGAUAUGGGGAUGAUGUGUUGAACUUAAAAUUGUGAAAUUCUCGCUAGACCAAGCAGAUUUUCUAAAGUCUACUUUAAGCUUUCCCGAUGCAUUCACCAUGAAACAGAUCUCUCAAAUUUGACUAACAGGUUGUAAUCAAGUUCUUCUAACAGACAUUCAAAGCAGAAGCUCUUCAUCGGGUUCCUAUUAAGAUGAAUUAGUUGUGUUGAUUGAGUUUCCACAGACUUUUCAUAGAUUAGAGAAACAAGCAACUGUGACUGAUAGGAGUCUGGACUAUAAUGAUUUAUGGAACAUCAAUGUUUUGCCAUGUGCCAUAUUCAAACAUCUAGAAAAGAGAUGGAAAAUGAGUACUUGGCGGCUUUGUUCGUUAAAACUACGCAGGAAUGUACGCACGCAGAAGCAAAUUAGCAUUUUCUUCAAGCAGUAAUUAAGAGUUGGAUCACUACUGAAGCACUUGAUUGGGGUUCAUGUGGUUUUUAACAAACACAUGGACAGAUUGGGGUGAGGCGAGGCAGCAGGUCUGGUUCCAGUCUGCUGUUCUCUGGCUGCCUCUUCACUCGUUGUCUCUUCUGUUUCCUCCAUCCUGCUCCUUGUUUGAGGGCCUCCUCCUCCUCCUCCUCCUCCUCCUCCUCCUCCUCCUCUUUUCUCUCCAUUGCCUCUGAAAGGAACCUUGCUGGGCCCAACUGUCUGUGUAACGAGCUGGGCAGGACGGUCACAGCAGGGUUCGCUAUUGUCACUGUCGUUGUGUUUACAUUUGUGUUUGCACUGAGCACCUUGAGUUUUGUUUUUUAAGGAACGCGCUGUAUUUGCUGCCAUCCCUACUUCCACUCAUCUCAUGCACAAACAGACACACAAAUGGCAUCAUCUCACCUCUCACUGAUCCUCCACUACUCUUCCACAGCAGGAGGCACAGGGAGGAGGUGGAGCAGGAGGCUAAUGGAUAUGUUUGUUUACCUAUUUGUCCUUGACAUGAUCAAUUGAUCAGCAGGCUAAUUCACUGCCACCAUGGGCUCGUUACAUUUCCAUUUAAAUUGCAAAUGGAUUUCUUCGAGGCUUCAUCUUUUCGCCUCCCAUUUCCUCUGCACAUGUGCAGCAUGGAUGUACAGUAGAGGUGUGUGUCCGUGGACACCUCUGGAGCUAAAACACACCAUAACACCCAUGUUUGCAUGAAUUUAUUUGUGAGGCAAAACUUGUGUCACCUCCGCGUCUAUCUUCUUUGUUUUCCUUUCAUAUGGAGUGCAGCAGGAAUAAUUACCUGUAUCACCAGGCGGAUGUCAGCCAUUUAACGGCUGUCAUCAAGUCACACCCACUCACAUAAACACACAGUCCCCUGGGAGGAGUGAGAGCUAAUUCCUGGGCGUUAAAAGCCUGUGAUUAUGUGUUGCUGGGAAGAUUACAGUGAACGAUUACUGAUGUGGAAUUUAAACAGUGGGGAAUGAAAAGCCAAAUUGAGCAGCAGCAGGAGAUCUCUAGGCUAAACACUAAUUGACAUUAUGGCAGAUGAGUUUCUGGUAAAGCAGUCUGGGCUGCAGAGCUGCAUUUGGAACACAUUUAGAUAACAGAUGGGGAUACUUAAACACUGUCAAGUGACACAUUUUUUAUUUUAUUGCUUUUAACUGCCACAGAUAUGUUCCAUUUGGGCAUUAUUUUAUAAUAAUCAUCUGAAAAGGAAUCUAUUUUUUGCCAGGGAUCUUUGCUGCAUUUCUCUCAUUUCUCUUAUUUUAGCUGCUGAGAAUUAAACCCUCUCAGGAAUGCGAUACAAAACACUUCUAGUUUCUGUUACAGUGACGACAUUCUGUCUGUCAGACUUAAGUCACUUUUAAUGUUUACCAUGACUUCAUUCAGACAUACCCAGACACUGACAGACAGAGCCGUGGUACACUCGUAAUAUUUGCCGUAUACGUGAGAUUGGACAGAACAUCAAGUGACUUCUAAUGACAGGUGAACAUGACUAUGCUGUACUGUAGUUCUUUCUCAUGUUAUUGCUGUUUUGGACAUUCGACAAAACAAUAGAUAGGAUUAGGUCACAAAUUUUAUGGUGCCUGUUGUGCUGCCAAAAGUACCUAACAGUAUCUUAUGUAAUCACGUGCAUGCAUAACCAAUAAUGUGACAGCAUGGAAUUCAGACUUGUGCAAUGUUGAGUGAUAUACAAAUGUUAUUAUGUCUGACCUUUGAGAGAAAAGUGAGCAAUUCAGACUUGAAGCCAACACAUUUAGAUGCUGUCAGACUAACAGAAAAGUGUCUCAGAGGGGCUUGAUCAUUUUGCACAGGAAGUUAAACCAAAAACAAAAAACAUAACCAUAAAAGCAAAUAGUGCAGGUGAGAUAAGAAAAAAAAUAGAGACUCAAUGUACAUUACAAGCAAAUCCACAAAAAAAUGACAAGAUCAAUGAAACUCUGUUCCAGAUGGCUAAAAAAUGGAGAAAACAGUAAACCUGAGUCUUUCCAAAGAAAAGCAAAAAUGCAUUCCAGCCUCUCAUAGUUGUAUUAACAAAUAAAUUCAGUUUAAUCUAUUUUGUCAACCAAAUCUGUCAUUGUAUGACAAUUGCAGGGUAGCUGUCACCCCCUUUUACAGUAUUUAAAGUAAGCUAAGCUAACAGUCUUCUGGUCUCAGCUUUAAGUUUAAUAAAGAGACAUGAGAGUUGGUUCAAUGGCAGCUAAAUUCCAAGACAGAAAAAUGUCAAAAAUAUCCAGUUCAUGCUUUCCAGAUCUACAUAACACUUUCUGUCCAUGUGAUAUAGGCUUUGUCAUCUGCCCAAAUCCAGGAAGUAUUUGGUACCCAAAAUUCAUGACCUUAUAGACUACAUUUGCUACAUGUUAUAGAAAACUGAAGGAUACUUAUAUAUUUUUUACUUUUAUCCUCUUCCUUCAUCCGAUUAUUGAUAAACAGUUGCUCAAAUCAUUUCCUCUUUUUAAAAAAAAAAAAAAAAUCAAUCAUGUUUUUCAAACCAAAAAAACCAAACACAGGACCUUUUCUUGUUGUCAUUCAGUCGUACAUCUUUUCUAGUGCAAAUCUGAAACCUAACUGUUGUGUUUAUAUGCAUCAAAGAAAAUGCAUAUCCACUGGGGCAAGUUAAGCUGUUAAACCAUUUAUAUCAGUACUCAAUGUCUAUGUAAAAUUUCAAAAAUCAACACCUCGCAGUUGGACAGAUAAAUGGAUGGACGGACACAUGGAUACAUGAAUGGCAGGGCCUUUACUAUGACAUCUCAUGGGAUUCAUUGGUUUCAUUGGCUUGUUUGGCUGUAAUGGGCUUUAUAUGAUGACUCCUCACCCCUGUCAGAUUCCACCGUGAUCCAAACAAAAACACACAUUCAUCACCACCUAAAACACACACACACACACACACACACACACACACACACACACACACACACACACACACACACACACACACACACACACACACACACACACAGCUUCGAUCAAUGGUCAUAAAUUUGAUCCCUGACAAGCCUGACACUCGCACCCACGAGGCCUUUGGUCACUGAGUUUCUCUUGACCAGUGCUUCUGUAACACACACUCAUAUACAGUCACACACACACACACAGACACACACCUUCUCCCCUCCCUCACCCCUUCCUUCCCCUGACACACUUGUCAAGGACCUCGUUGACCCCUGACCCCUCCCCACUUGGCACCGUUAUUGAUUUUUCCUCCGACUCUCUCAAUCUGGGAUGAAGAAGGGUGAGAAUGGGGGAAUUAGUCGCCAUAGUCAGGUAUAACGGAGGGGACGCUGAGGAUGAAGGCGAGCGAUCGAUGCUCGCUGAUGGCUGAGCUUGCAGCGGCAGAAACAACAGUCAGCCAUGGAGAAAAUCAGAAGGGCUUCCAGCAAGAUAGGUGGGGGACACAGAGGAGAUGGGGGAGGCUGGAAGAAGGGGGGAAAAGGUGUUUUUUGUGUUGUCAUGUAUCAGCUGCUUCAGGAAUUUAUUGAUAUUUUACUAAACACUUGACGCAGGGGAACAGAAACAAACAAAGAUGGUAGAUUUGGGAGUAAAAGUUACGUAAUAAUCACAAAACUACUAUUUUCCAUUUAGCUGAUUACAAUAAAAACUACAUUAUGGGUUUGUGAAUAAAUGAAAGAAACUCACAUGCUUUUCUAUUAACAGUACAAUAAUGGCUUAGUUCUCCUUUCUUCUUGUUCUACUGUUCUCCUUUUGUUCCAUAUCUUCAGUCAUUUUGUGGCAUCCACCUUCAGACUGACUGAACUCGCAUCAGAUUACGUGUGUCUUACUAUUAAAAAGAGUGUAAACAGUGGUUUAAAUUUCAACACCCAUUUAGAUAUCCAGUCCAACUUUCAUUAUCCUCUGAGAUUUUACUCUUUUCCCAAAUCACAACUUUCAUGGGCGUCAUGGGUAAAAAAGUACGUAGCCCAGAGUUUGCUUUGUCAAGACAUUUACAAUACAUAUUACUUGUUUUAAAGCAGAAACUUUAAUCAGUCCAAAAGUUCUGUUCUUCUUGUGCAUGAGCGGAGUGUAGCAUGUUCAUGUACGUACAGUGGUGGACCUGUAUUAGACACGUUUAUGUGACCACUUUCAGGUGCACAUUUGUGAUUUUAGCACUGUGCUGAAGUCUUUGACAAACUCUAUUAACCAGCCCAAGAUCGCCAGACCUUUAUGUUGAGGACCAUCAUUGGUGACAAGUAGGGAUGUCCAGCCCACCGAUACUAUCAGCCCAAUAUUGGCAUAAAAGCGUAAUGUUGGUCAAUAUCGUUAUCGUUUUUGUUUUAAUUUGCCUUUCAUGAAAACCGAUGAAAUAAUGCCUGGAUUUAGCUGGCAUUUACAGACGCACAAAUAAUCACAUCAUCAAACUGCGUCAUGAGGCGUGUAAACAAGUGUGGCUGCAGUAACAAGCUUGCUGUGCCUGACUAACAACAUGUCUGUGAUUUGGAAUUAUUUCCAAGCCCACAUAUAUCAGCAUCGGUAUCAGUUGAUAUCGGAAUCAGAAAUUAAGAGCUGGACAACAUCGGCAUGUUGGUUAUUGGCAAAAAAGCCAAUAUAGGACAUCCCUAAUGACAAGAAUUCCAUCUAUGGCUACGACCCAGAGACCAAGCAGCAGUCUUUACAGUCGAAGACCUUGCAGUGUCCAAAACUGAAGAAGGUGUGUCAAGUCAGGACCACCAGGAGAAUUGUUAGUGUUUUCUUGGACAUUCGUGGGAUUGUGUGCUGUAAAUUAAUUUGCCAGAGACAGACGGUCAACGAUGAGUUCUACUUUAACUUACUGAUGUGUGUGAGGACCAAAAUUGGGCAUAAACAACAUAAACAGCGAUGUGAUGGCAAUCCGGUGCUCCAUUGUGACACUAUCUUCGCUCACAGCAUCCGUUUUUUUUGGCUCCACCAACACAGUCAUUGCUCUGUUCAGAGAUUUUACCACCUGCCUUUGAUUCCUUUCGUCGUCUUCCCCAAAAUGAAAUUCAAGCCGAAGAAUCACUGUGAAGAAGACCCCGUGCCUUAAACUGCUUUCAGAAGUAAGCUUCCAGUGAGGGCUCCAAAUGUGGCAGGAGCACUGGGAGCGGUGUGUCGCUGCACAAGAAGUCUUCUUCAGUCAGUUAUGAUUUGUGUUUCCUGUCAUGUUUCAGUGUGUUUUCUAGUAAAUCCAAACAGAAAUGCUAUUGAUCAAAUUACCACAAAUGACUUGCCACACAGUCAGAGCUGAACUUUUAGUCUCGGGCAGUUUGAGGCCCCAGAACAAUAAUCUCGCCUUAUAGUCCCAGACAUUGAGAGGCAAAACAAAUAUGAAGGAAACAGCCUUUCUUUUUCUCUCCACUUUUCAUCUGUUUUUAGACCUUCAAGAAAAUUGGCAGUUUUUUUCUUUUCUUUUAGAUUCAGGUCUGUUUGAAAGUUAGUUUCACAUUAUAGAAUCUGACUCCCAAAAUCAGGCAUGUUUGAAACAGUGUCCUGAAUUUCAGAUGAGUCUGCUGUACAGACAUAUGUACUAGUAUAAAUGUCAUCUUGAGUUCAGCAUUGGAGCAUCAUGCUCUUAUUGUUUGAGUUACAGUUAUCAGCUCUGGUUUGUGCCUAUCAUCCUAUAGUAUGUUUAUCUCUACAUGUUUCAGAGCACAACUAUAUGUGGUGAAUCUUUGUAUUUAUCAGAUAAAGUCAGAUUUUCAGCAAGAUGACACAUUGUCUCCCUUUGUCUUUGCUUGUUUUUGUCAGUCAUAUUCACACACAGUGUUCUCUGUUAGUGGUAAGCAAAAAGCUUUUUAAGCAAUCGUGGCUCCUUUUUUUAAACACGGCUUGUAAUAAUCCGUUCUCGCUCCUUCACUCCUCAUGGAUCAGGUUAGAGAUUUCACAGCAGUGUUCGGAGGUGACACACUUAUACAUAAUCUUUUUUUUCUUAUUUAAUUUCCCACCAUCCUCUCAGCUGAUUCUCCCCCUGUCACUUUAGACGCAGCUGAGAGACUGAUUUGGCUUCCGUAAUCUCUUCUUGCAUUGCCCCCCUCCUCUACUUGAGGAAACCUCGGAAUAUCAUAAGGAGAUUAUUUCAUUCGUAAUUGAUUGAGUGGCUCCUCACCACAGACUGAGAUACUUCAAAGUGUGUGAAUUAAGACUUGGGACGGAGUGUCUGAUAUGGGAGGGGUGCGAGGAGGCAACGUGGCUCCAUUAGGCUACUGCCUGGGUCGAGCAGCUGAGCCUCUUUGGCUGACAAAUAAGAGCUGAGUCUGAUCCUGUGAUGGCAGCUAAUUGGCUAAAGGAAAGGCGUAUUGGUCAGGGGAACAUUUAGAUGAGGCGCCUGAGCCCCAACAGAUGAUGGUUAUGAGGAAGAAGUUUGUAAACUUCAGCCACCUUGAACCAUUUUUCACACGUACAAGUUUUGAUGUAGUUUUCAGUCACAUUUUCAGAAGAUUUUGCUUUCAGUGCAAAAGUCUGACAUUCACUUUCUCAGCAAGAAUUAAAUGAGAAGAUCGAUACUGCUAUGACACAAGAGCCUGAGGUUGUUAGCUUAGCUUAGCAUAAAGACUGGAAACAAGGGAAAUCGGUAGCCUGGAUGUGGUAAUUGAUUGACUGCAUGUCAUGUCUCUUUUGUUUAGUCUGCACAAAAGCAAAAGUGUAAAUAUGACUAUGACUUUUGAUUUUUGUACGGACGCAGCUUGUAAAUGAAUGGCUUUCCUUUUGACAACAUCAGACCAGAUUUUCCCUCUAUAGUCUUCAGACUAAGCUAAACUAGCAGUCUCUUGGCUUCUUUUUUUGGUGUACAGACAUAAGAGAGGCGUUUAUCUUUUUCCCAAGAAGAAUGCAACUAAGCAUAUUUCCCCAAAUGUUCAAAUACUUUAAAAUUCAAAUACAGUCCAGAAAUUGUUUCCUUUUGUAAGAUCAUGUUAUCAAAAAAAGUUGUGCCGGAUACAACAAAAGUGAUAUAGUAUACCCUGUUAAAUAUCUCUUUAUAUCUCUCUACUGUCAAAUCGUUGAACAGUAAUUCCUCUUGUGAACAAUAAAAAAGCAAAUACUUUAAAAAGAUUAUAUUGAAAAUACAGGCAGUGAAGUAGAAAACAGAUUUAACAAAGGUGAAUUUAACUGUGAUCACUGACACAAGUUAGAAGACCUCUGAUUUGUUAGCCAAAUUUGAGUACACCUGUGAUUUACAAUUAACCCAACUGCAUGCACAUGGUCAUAAAAUGACAUAUGAACACCAGAGCUGUUUCAGUUUGGGGAACUAUGGGAAUAGAAACUGAAAAAUCUGAUUGCUGAGACCUAACCAAAAUGUAAAAGAAUUCAGAAAGAUUGGUGACCAGAUUUUUGUUUUUUUAAAACCCUCUUGUGUGCUGUUUGGCUCAGUACUGGAAGAUGAAAAGAAACCUGACAGAUACUUGAAGCACAUUCUUUGGCGAGAUAAUGGUCAGCAUUUGUUCAGCUUAGAUUGUGUCCAGAAUGUUUUUUUGUGAACCAGGACUACCACAGUGAAUGCAUAGUCCUGACAGUGAAGCACAGAGGUGGAAGUGUGAUGACAUGGGGCAAAAAAGGGUGCAAAAGUUGUUGUGGCUGUGACAUUUAGAGACGACACCACAAAUAAAUGUAGAUAUACCAAAAUACUGACAAGAUGACUCUCCAUCUGUACAAACCCAACAGAAUAGCAAUAUUGAAGCAUGAUAAUGAUGUCAAAGUCUCACAAGGAUUUCUGAAGGAGGAUGAAGUGAAAAGUAUGACCUGGCCAAGUGUGUCAUCUGACUUGAAUCCAAUAGAAGACCUUUGUGGUAUUUUAAUGACAAAGAUAGAGCAAUACAACCUCUCCAGGAAAGCACAGCUGAAAAUAAUAGUCACUCAAGACUAACAGAACAUCUCUCCACAAAUUUUAACGUCAUGAUUAGAAACUGUUAUUUUUAAAUUUUACACAAGAGUUGUGCUGUUUGGACUGUCGAACUGUUUAACUUAGAUUUAAUGCAUUUAUCGAAAAGUGACACAUUUUUCAGUCGGGACAUUUAAGUAAUUUUGCACAGGGAUGUAUUCACUUUUGUUCUAUAUUGUGCAUCACUAGGAUUCUUGCUCGACACACAUUCUUCUCCCUCAUCCUUCCCUAUCACCUUUAAAAGCUCGAUCCUGAGCGUUCAGCAUUUGAACUCCCAGCCUCGUACCUCCCUGCAGCCUUCAAGCUCUUCUCUUGGCAGCGGAGACGCCUUGGACCGUCUCCAGAGCCAAUCCAAGUAUCAGGUUAAGCAUUAUCCUGCUGCUCCCUAUCAGGGCGACACACAGAUCCCAUAUGAUCACUUAUGAGUCUGAAGCAAAGUCUUUGGCCCAUGGAGAAGAGAGGAUGAGAAGGACACUUUCUCCGGUCUCCAUUUCAUAUCUGUUCACCUCAAAUCACCCAUCUCUGUCCAAUUUACUCUACAUGUCUUUCUUUCUCUCUGCCUCUCUUUCUCUUUGCCGUUUCCUUUCUCUUCCACGCAUCCUUUUGUCCUCCCAUCACCCCAUACUUCCCUAUCAGUCCUGACCCUGUGCUGAUCUUAAUCCUCUUACCUCAUGGCUCCAUUACCCACUUCAGCUAUUUUUGCAUUUACACCAAAGAAAGAGGGGCUCCUCUGCUCUUUCUCAAACCCCCAAAGCUCAGUCCUCCAUUCCACCCCCCCAAAUAUAGAUCACCCUCCAAACCUCAUAUCCCAUCUCUCAUUGCAUAUGAUUUCAUUUUCAAUCAAAUGUGUAUGUUUCUAAAUCUAAAGGAGACAAUUUUAUGGGUGAGGGGGGCCACGAGGCUUUGGAGGGAGGAUGGUAAAUUAUACACACCCCUUUGCUUCUUGCGAGCCCUCAUCCAAAAUGAAAACGGCGUAAGUCAGUUCCCAGGCGGGUGUGGCCGAGCUGCAGGAUUAUCUCCUGUUUUGUGUUGUUUUUAAUCCCUAAAUGCCACUUCUGCUCCCUUCGGUGCUGGUGGUGAAAUGCAAAUGUGGUGCUACACUGCUCAUUUUCUGUAAUUUACCACAUCAUUGGUAAUAACGUAAGCAGACAAGAAUUCGUCAGCAGGCAAUUUCUUUAUUAAUCAGAAACAUGCUUUUUCAUGCUCUCCUUAUUCAUCAUGACAGUUAUUUCACUUCCAACACGUCCAUUUAUGAUCUCUUCUUUUGCUUCCCUUUCUUUCCUUUUCUAAUUUUCUGUUUCUCUCUCUCAAGGGACAGAUUAACCCCUAAUCCCCUGAUGUCCCAUGGUUAAUUGAUAUGAUUUAACUAUUAAAAGGCCCUGGGUGGUUCCACACUGUUACCUCAGAGAGAGCUUUUCCUCCGCUGAGAGCUGCGACCUUCCCUCAUUCCCCCCAUCCGACCCUCCCCUCGCCUCCCAAUUCAAACCUCUUUUCCUCUGUUUUCUCUGUCGCCUUUCUGCCAUCUAUCUCUUUCAUCUCCCAUCUUGUUGUGCCUCCCCUUUCCCUCCUCCAAAACCCCCUCUUCUGUUCUCUCUUGACACCCCUCUCCCUUGCUCCCAGGGGUCACCAUUCAGAGGCAGUUAGCCGAGCACUCUGGGAGUUUGUCUGCACCAUGAGACCAAUAGUUCAUCUGAAACGCUACAUGGUUUUAUAGAGAGCGAAGUGGCACGGGAAGGGCAUGUUAAGAAGUACGCUAAGAAAUAAACGAAGGCUCAGAAAAGGUUUUUGCUCCCUUCUCUUUCGACCUUUUCUGUGUAUUAUCAGUGUGAUGAAAGCAAAAUAAGCUAAAGAAAAUUAAUCAAAACACAACAGUCAGUUCAUGAUUAGGCGUACACAUGGAUGUAAUAAUCAGUGAGCUUGUAGAUCUUUCAUUAACAGUGUGACUUGCCGUUUUGAGCUUGUGAUAGUUUAAGGCCAUAAAGACAAAAUGUGACUCCACUGUGUAUCUCAGAGUGGAUAAACCACGUUAGGAAAUCCCAGGAUUUUCAGGCAUUUACCACAACAAAUCCAGCGAUUAGUCUGCAUCUCUGUUGCUCAUAAUCUUCAAAUCUUGUUUGUGCAGAGCCAUGAUGAUGCCACAGAAAUCCCAUUUUAAAAAGCCAUGAUCAUUUUUUGAUACAUGAGUUUUACUAUUAUUGUAUUUUCUUUAUUUUAAGUUAAUAAAAUGAGGCAAUUACUGUCUUUUAUCCUCUCACACUACUUGUGUGGGUGUUUAAAGAUCAAAAUGUGGAAGAUUAGUUCACUAGAGAGCCCACAGUUUGUAGUUCUUUGUAGCUGAAUGGAAAAAACAGUGUGUUUUUUCUUUAUAUGCUGCAAGACACAUUAUGAGACAAAUGUGCUGCAGCGCACCAAUGACAGUUUCAGACUUGUGGUAUUUAUCAAACCUAUAAAAACAGUCCAAUCAACUUGCACUAAUGAUUACUUUCCAUAUUGAUUAUCUUUUUUUAGCAUUGGUUUCCAGUUUGAACACAUAUGGCAGAUCCACCACAGCUUGCAGUUGUGUUGCGCAGAAUGUUUCACAAUGUCUGAUCAGGGUGAUAGGUGAGCUGGUGUGCUCAAGUUGCAACAAGUAGUGGAGGGUGGAUGGCGAAAGAGGCAGAAACAUCAUAGAUCUGCACAUUCUAGAGGAAGCAGUUUACGGUAUACAGUUACAGUAAACCACAUUAAGGCCUAAAGAGAAUAUUUCCAUGGAAAAAAACACUCUAAAUAUCUAACGCUGACACACAGAGAUGAGUCUUUAACAGUUAAAUUAAUGACUAAAGAAGAACUGUAAUGUAACUGUGUACUACACACGUAUUUGCUUUAUUCCUGUGAGUUAGAUGAGAAAAUCAAUACCAUUCUUGUUUGCAGGGUAAAUAUAAGGCUACAGAAAUAUAGCUAUAAAAAAGAUAAUUAUCUUAGCAUAAUGACUGGAAACAGGGGGAAACAAGUAGCUGUGUACAAAAGGUUGAAAAUCUGGCCCACCAGCACCCCUAAGCACUGACAUUUGUUGCUACAUACUUAUGGACAUUAAGAGUGAUAUCUACACUACUAAGCAAGCUGUGUUUUCUGAUAACUACACUGCAGGUUGUCUUGUUAUAGCUGAAAGCAGCAUCCUUAAUGCGUGUGGCUCUUGUUUCCAUAAGUGUUGCAGACAGUGACUACAACAGUUAUAUAUUGUUGGUAAUUUCUCUGCAGGAAUUAAUGAAGUUUUCCAGACUGUGUCACCAAAUUGUGUACACUAACAGUCAAAAGUUUGGACACACCUUCUCAUUCAAUGCUUUUUACUUGUUUGUAUUAUUUUCUACAAUGUAGAUUAAUACUGGAGUUUGUCAUUUUUUUGUUUACAGCAUAAUUCCAUGUGUAUUAUUUUAUAGUUUUGAUGUCUUUGGUAUUAAACUACAAUGUAUAAAAAGAUGAAAUAAAAAUCAUUGAAUGAGAAGGUGUGUGCAAACUUUUGGCUGGUAGUCUAUAGGUGGGUGUUUUUUAGCCUGUAUUGUCUAAAAGCUUUUAUUUAUCACUCUUACAUUCCUCAUAUACAUCCUCCUGCCCCUAAACCCGUGCAGAGUAUGUUGACUCCAUUAUCAGUCCGGUGCUGAAAUGUUGCACCACGACUGCAACUUUCACCACAUCUCUCAUCUCCUUUCUUUCUUCUCUCACAUCCCAUUCCUCUUUUCGCUCCCUCUUUCCUCUUUCACUGCACAUACACUCGAGUCACGUAUGUCCACACACACACACACUCACACACACUCCAGCCUACCUGCACUGAAACCUGAGAGUGUGUCGGUGAAAUCACCGUCAUAUUUCUCAGGCUGAUGGAACAUUCUGCCCAGGCCUGAAAACAUAAUAAAUAGAGGGCCGCACUGUCUGCUCUCAGCUUUAGCAUGUAUUCGUAAUGUGAUCAUUCGCAAACCCGCAGCCUCCUCAUGUGCUUUCAUGGUCACCUCAGAUCACAACACGCUUCCUUUAGUUCUUAAAGAAGAUAGAAAUAAUAGAAACCAAACCUAAGUGAGCAACAGAGGUACAAAAACACAUACUGACCUACUACUUUUUUUCCUGCACAUUUAUGGAAAAUUGAUCUAAAAACUUUUGGCAUCCAUAUCAUCCACACUUUUAGCACUUUUAAAAGAGAUGUAAACUCAUCAGCAUUCUGUAAUGUAAUGAAAUGAGAGGAAUUGUGCUCUUAGGUUGGAGUUAAAGCUGUUGUGUGUCAUCUGAGCACUUGGCUGUACUUUAGUCAGCAGCUCUGUGGAGGUGUCGAGGGAACAUGUCAUCAGAGGGAUGGAGGUGUUUGUGGUUUGGAGUGUUAAUGUGUGGAGGGCUGAGAGGGCAUCAGUGUGUGUGUCCAUGUGUGUAUUCAGGGUUAUGUUUGUGCAUCGUCCCGCAGUUUACCUUUUGGCUCACCUAAAUGUCUGCGUCCACUCGUCUUUCUUCUCCUGCCUCUCACCCUACUGCCCUGCUCCUGUAGCCCCUGUAAGUCUCGGAGGUAUUUCCACAGCAGUGUGUCAGGGUUAAUAUUUGCUCUGAUCUCAUGGUUGGACGGACCUGCACACACCUCACAUGCCUCAUCUACCGCAUGUUUACAACGCUGACAGCCAAAACUAGACGUGAGGCUGAAAUAAGACUCUUGUAGAUAAAUGUUGUUUUAUUUGAAGAGGUCAGACAUAUGACUGCAUUUAAAUACCUUACCGAGGAAUGUGGCAUAAUUUAAUUUGAUCAAACAGGGGUCUUGACAAAGUUUGAAUCUUGCAUUCCAAAUUGUACUUAAAGUACAAAAGUGGUAUCAUUAAUAUUGUAGUAUGCUUAAAGCAGUAAAAUGCACAAUAAGAUGAAAAGUAAUUGCAAUAUUGUAUUAUACUGUAAAUAUUGAAGCACUUAAUUAUUUAUAUCACUUUAAUAUUGCAGCUGACAAGAGCAUUUUAAAAUUUAAGUACUUUAUGCACAGCUGUGUGCCUUACUAUUCAAUAAUAUAUCACGAUGUAUUUGUUGAUUAUAUUAGUAAUCUAAAUAUUAACUUAAGUUAUAGCAACUCAAGCCCUGAAAUACAUGUGUAAAAACACCAAAUUUUAUCUUUCCUUAUAUUAAAAUUAAGUAUACUUGUAAUGUUAGUCUUACUUUUCCAUUGUAAAGUAUUUGGGGUCAACAUCUCUACAAACAGACAUGAGUUGACUUCAUUUGACUCAGUGUGGUGGAAUUGAAAUAUAAAGUAGCACAAAAUGGAAAUAAGAAUAAUAGUAAAGUGCAAGAAUUUGAGAAUAUGUGCUCAGUUACUUUCCACCUCUUGCUCACUGUUGACUGAUUUCUGCAUCUGUCAAUUGUGUGAAUUUUAUCAAAAAGCAGUGUGGCCACUGCUAUUUUGAUCCAUAGUGUAUAGCAUGGUACCAAGGCCCUGACUAAACUGUAGACUUAAUGAAUGUUAUUGAUUAUAUAUGAGUGUUUAAUGCAAUCCUAUUCUUAACUAUCCUGUUCAUUUUUAUUGCUAUUGGGAGAGUUCUGAAAUAUGAAUACAGAAAUGUAAUCGUCAUCAUAUACAGAAAUUCCUGGUCACACAACAGGAAGAAAAUUGAUUCCACUUUCCAGCCACACCUCAAAGUGCCUUGUCUGCUUCCCUAAAGCAUCUUCUAAAACCACCUAAAGAACCUGUUGCUUUCAACAGCAGUAAAAAAUAGAAAACUGGAAGGUUCAGCUAAUGCUUCUGCACAGAUACCGAUGCAGCAUAGCGUCACAGACAAGUUGACGCACAACCCCCAAAACACCAAAAAUGCCUCGUAUAGACGUCCACAUCAAGCAAGCUGGAUGUUUGAUUCAGCUUCUGCUGCCCUAAAACAUCCGUCCAUUAUCUAUACAUCGCUUAAUCCUCAUUAGGGCUGCGGGGGGCUGGAGUCUAUCCCAGCUGAUAUAGGGUGAAAGUAGGGGACAUCCUGGACAGGUUACCAGUCUAUCACAGGACUACAGAAUCAUCAGUUAACCUCAGCAUGUUUUGGGAGUGUGGGAGGAAGCCAGAGUAGCUGGAGAAAAGCCACACAUGCACAGCGAGAACAUAUAAACUCCACACAGAAUGAUCCCAGGCCCAGGCCGGGAUGAGAACUGGGGAUCUUCUAGCUGCAAGGCAACAGUGCCAACCACAGAGCCACUGUGCAGCCUGCCCUAAAACACAAUUUUAAAAGUUCAUGUAACAGAUGCUUUAGUCCUAAUACUCAAAUAAUUCAUUUAAAAUGCUUCCUCACAACAUGACACUCCUGGUCUCUGAGCCUUUUCUGUGUGAACAUCGGUGCCAGUUUACAGCUUUACAAAGACAGCACUCUCCUUUUACCGGCAGUCAAACCUGACAUUUUCACUGACUUGUGCAUGCAUUUAAAAAUUAAACAAAUAUGUGACACACCAGUGAGUAAAACUAAAUCAUCACAGCAAGUCCCAUGCAGGCUGUUUUAUGUUUUAAAGCAUUCCCUCAUGUGUAUGUUGUCCAUGUGUGUGUCUCUGUGAAGUAGUACGUGUGAUGUUAGAGUGUUUAUCUUUUCAAAGUGGCGUCUCCAUGGAGCUGAGUUGUCUCAGUCAAACCUCUGGGUCACUGGGUCGUGAACCCUGAGUAAACUUCAAGCUGCUGCCUCCCAGCAGGAGACAGACAGAGGCCCACAUAAAGCAACACAACUCACUUACUGUGCAGGGAAAAGCUGUUUCAUUGCACUGUGUUCGUGGGUUGUUAAAUUUAUUUUGUAUUCUGGCCUGAAAGUACUAAACUUUGGCUGUUCUGUAUCUCGUGUUUCUCCAUAUCCAUUGUUUUCUUUGCUAUUACAGCACACUAUCAGACUUUUAAUUGGCCCCUGGCAGCAAUUUGACAGUCAAUAGAGCAACAACCCUCAUUAAACACCUAUUUCGCUUCCAUUUGGUGUCAAGAGAAAGACAGGAAGGAAAAAAAAACAAUCAGCAGAAUCUGACUGCUGAUUGGGAACAGUGAUGAUUUAGUUAAACUGAAAAUCCAAUGUCUCCCUCCCUCAGCCCUGCGAUCAGCACAGAAAAACACCUUAUCCAGUCGAUCCUACAGAAAAAAAAAAGAAAAAGAAAAGCUGGCUCUUUUUUUUUCUUUAUCCCCAAAGCAGGAUAACAGCCUGCGUUAGGGGAAUAUCCACGCCUGCCAAUUGCAGUAAUGGCCCCUAAUUCCAAAUUAAUUCAGUCUAAAUUAAGUGUCAGAGGGAGAUUGAUUUGUUGAAGCUGCUGUCUUGAUGAGAGCUGUCGUGGGAGGGGGUGAUUAGGCGCUGAGGCCUGCGUCACCCUCCCACUGCCUCAGGCUACCAGGCUCCAUUUUUUCCCUUUUUUUUCUUUCUUUCUUUUUUUUUUUUUUUUUUAAGAAAACCUGGACAUGAGCGGCGGUGACACCAGCUGUUUCUGGGAUGACAGGUAAGGGGACAUGUGGCCGCCUGGGACUGAGGAGGUAAAAGUGGGAAACAGGCGAUCUGGGGCAUAUUUUCUGCUGGAAUUGAUUGGACAAUCUGACACUUAGGUGGAGGCUGAUAAGGCUUCUGGGUGGUGUGAGAAACUUCCCACAAUGCACCUCAGAAACCAUCUCAUUUUCUAUUAUUUUCACACUUGUGUCUGCUGUCUUUCAUUGUGUUUUAGCGAUAAAAUUGAAUCCCGGCCUCCUCCACGCCAAAAAAAGUUCCUCCUGCAUAUAGUUUCAGGCUUUUCCUAUGAAGACAACCUUAUUAAUAGGCUCUCUUCAAAGUUAAUUAGCUGUGGAAACGAGGCCAGGGGCACUGGCGUUUCUACCCCAGAGGACUUUGCUAUCCCUGCUGAUUCCCAGGCUAGGCUAAUUAUUUCCCAAUAACCUUACUUACUGGCCAUGCUCCCUCCUCUGGGCCUGAGCCUAACAAGCGUCACCCUGCGAGUCGAGAGGCUGUUCUGCUUGGAAGUUUUGAGCCGCCUCGCUCCCCUGCAUGCCCGCCACCCCGGAGAUGAUUUCCUCGUCUUCCUCCUUCUGAGAGGAGGCGAGUUCAGAAGCUCUGGAAGCCCCAAACAUGUGGAGGCGAGAGGCUGGUGGCUUUCUAAAGGCGCCGCUGUUUGAUGUCGAAAAUUAAAUUCCUUCAAAUUCGCCAUUAACGCUAUUACUUAAAGUAUUGGACACACUCCUAAGUAUCCCAAUGGCAUUAUGUGUGCUGUCAUUAAUUUUGCCCUCUCCUGUAGCUCUCCCUGCAAA